CAGUGAUUAAUUCUUAAAAAUAUUUUAUUAGUUUAACAAUUUUGCAGUAGUAAAGUAGAUUUUAGUGAAGGUUUUUCUACGUUUAACAGAAUUUUUUGUAACUUCGACAUAAAAGUAAGAAGAAACAAAAUUUGUAUAAAGACAUGAAUCGCUAUAUUACUCUUCAUCAGUUAGGAGAUGGCACGUAUGGAUCGGUGGUUUUGGGACAGAGAAAGGAUACGGGAGAGAAAGUGGCGAUCAAAAGGAUGAAAAGAAAAUAUUACUCAUGGGAUGAAGCGAUGAAUUUGAGAGAAGUCAAGUCUCUGAAAAAACUACAUCAUUCCAAUGUUGUUAAACUUAAAGAAGUGAUAAGAGAAAAUGACGUUUUGUAUUUUGUUUUUGAAUACAUGCAAGAAAAUUUGUACCAGUUGAUCAAAGAUCGUCGAGUGCCUUUACCAGAAGCAACAGUAAGGAAUAUGCUUUAUCAAAUAUUGCAAGGACUAGCCUUCAUUCAUCGACACGGCUUUUUUCACCGAGACUUGAAACCCGAGAACAUCCUUUGCUCAGGCCCCGACUUGAUCAAAAUCGCCGAUUUUGGUUUGGUUAGAGAGAUCCGAUCCCGUCCUCCGUACACCGAUUAUGUUUCGACUAGAUGGUACCGAGCCCCUGAGGUACUUCUUCAUUCUACCACCUACAGCAGCCCCAUUGACCUUUGGGCAGUCGGAUGUAUAGCAGCCGAAAUUUAUACCUUCCGACCGCUAUUUCCCGGGACCACAGAAACAGACCAAUUGUACAAAAUAUGUGCCAUUCUUGGGACUCCUGACAGGAAACAAUGGCCGGAGUGUUACCAAUUAGCCGGAGCUGUCGGAUUCAAAUUCCCGUAUUUUACCAAAACGCCACUUGGGGAUGUUGUGCCUCAAGCAAAUGCGGCUGCGAUUGAUCUAAUGGAUGGCUUUUUGAGCUGGAACCCUGCUUUUAGGCCAACUGCUCAAUCUGCUUUGAAGCACCAAUACUUUCAGGUGGGUCAACAGUACAAUGUUAUACACUCUGGAGUUCGUCAAAACCAAGCCAAUCCAAUGCAAACGCAGCCUCUUGUGAUAAAAAAUGAGCAAAUUUAUCCGUCCAAACAAGUACAAAUUCAACCAAGUGCACGAAGUACGCGAAACCAAUACAAUCAACAAAUGAUGGCACCCCCGCUUCAACCAUCGGUGCAAAUCAACAUUCAAUCGUUGAUAAAACCGAUGCAACAGCCGGAGAAACCACAAAACCCUCCUAUAGUUUAUAGUUUUGGACAGUCUGACUUUGCAAAUAAAUUUUUUCCUGCGAAUAAUAAUCAGUCGAAUAAUAAAAUGAAUAAUAAGAAAAUUUCAUGGGGGUUGGAUGAUACAAUAGACUAUAAAGAAGACGAUUUUGCAGAUAUUUUAGGGAGUAAAAUUAAAACUCACACUACGGAUAAAUCAAAAGAAAACAAAAUUAAUUUGAGCCAAUAUAAUCUCCAAGAUAUUCUUGAACCUUUAGCCAAAGCGAGUGCUGGGACUGCCAGAAGUCAGUAUCUCAGUGUUUCAAGGUAUGUAGCUGGACAACCUUCUGGUGUACGAAGAGACUCAAAUAUUAGCCUUAUGUCUUCAUUCUCAACAACUAGGAAGGAUAGUGGAUUGUAUAGCAACAAACCUAGUAAAGUAGAGCUACCAUCAAUUUGGAAUGACCCUUUGACCAGUUUAACUUCCUCUAAAUCGAGACCUAUUGAAAAUGUUAAUAACAUAACUGCUGACUGGUUGACUAAAUAGCUCAAACAUUCGAACAACUAAAACAACUGAAAUAUUAUAAAUGAUUGAGAAAAAUCAAAAGUCGUAAAAAUUGUACGUAGCAUUACUGAACCAACUUAUUUAAUAUAUUCAGCAAAAUGUAUUACAUAUUUUUUGGAAUGUUUCAUUUAAAAUGUUGAA